GGAAAGCGACAAAAUGUCCAAGGAGCCGUUAGUGUGUGUAAGAUGCUCGAAGUUCUGCCAUGACAAAAAGGUGAUGAGCAAGAAGAAAUCAUACCGGUAUCGGGAAAAUGACAACAAGUGGAUCACAUGUUAUCAUUGCCAGACAUCGUAUCACUUUUUGUGUUCCGGACUUGAGGAAUACGAGUACUACUUGAUUGAUAAGUUUUAUUGCUCCAAAUGUGAACCGAAAACCGGUCCGAGUGUCCGUUAUGAAAUGGUUGCCCCACAACGUCACGCAUGGUACGAUCCAAACGAGAAAAAUCUCGACAUUGAAGUUGGCUCCAAAACUUGGGUUGAAGAUUUCAUUACCUGGGAAAAGAAUGUACCCGAACCAAGCGCCGACGAGGUUCGUGUUGUGAAAGAUGGCCAUGUGUUUCAGAAAGUUUUCGAAGAGCUUGGAGGUGCCGACAAUUGGAAGCAUUUGUUUAUUGUCAAAAAUAUGGACGGACUCGAUAUGAAGAUGCCAAAGCCGGGUUUCGAUCUGGAGGAUCUUGUCAGAAUUCUGGGAUCGGACUACGCGGUGGACACUAUUGAUGUUUUCAAUCAAGAAACUUAUUUAAUGAAGCUGGACACAAUCAGAAAACUUUUCCGAGAGAACCCUGAGAAUCGGACGCUUUUGUACAACUUUCUGUUUCUAGAGUUUUCCGAUCAUCCAGAAUUGAAGGAAAUGGCUAGGCCACCGAGAUUCGUACAGGACAUUUCGAUGGCCAAACGCUUGUGGAGUGAUGUCACCUCCAAAUCAGCUUUGUCAGACGACCAUCGACCGAAAAUUGAACAGAUCUGUGCCGCCGCUAUGGCCAAUUCGUACACUGACUUUCAUGUAGACUUUGGUGGCACCAGUGUCUACUUUCACGUUUUUAAGGGCGAGAAAAUUUUCUACAUCGCCGCGCCGACCGAGGAGAACUUUGUAAUGUAUCAGGCCCACGAGACGUCCACGGAUUCGAGCAUUUGGUUAGGCCACACGCUGAAAGGAGCUCUCAAGCGAGUUGUGGUCAAGGAAGGACAGACUCUUUUGAUUCCAGCUGGCUGGAUACAUGCAGUGCUCACCACUAUCGACUCUCUCGCUUUUGGAGGCAAUUUCUUGCAUCUUGGAAAUCUGAUAAUGCACAUGCGUGUAGUUGAUAUGGAGAAUUCGAUUCGCGAGGAAAUCAAGAAUGAAGAAGGAUUUUCAUAUCCAAAUUUCGAAUAUCUUCAUUGGAUGUAUAUGAAAAUUGUUCUUCUCGACAAAAUUCGAGAAGCAAACGACCAAGGAAUUGACAUGCGUGAGCUGAACUCAAACAUCUGGACAGCGUCACAACUGAUGAAAGACAAGUUGGAGAUUUGGUUGGAUAGAGAGUUGAGAUUCAAUGUAGUCGAGGACACUAUUAUCAAGUUCAAUGAGAAGAAGAAGCUGGUGAAUUUGGUGCAGAAUGUCAUGAAAGCUCAGACAAAGAUCCAGGAGACUAGGGACCAGUUGAUGGGUGAAAAACAGAAACGCAAGUGCCGCGGUGAUGAAAACGAUUGCCCAUCCAGCUCCGCCAAAUACACCAAGAAGUCGAAGAAAGACAAUGGUUUUAUGAUGAAAAAGAUCGGUGAAGAGGAAAUUCCAGUGGAGAAAAAGGAAAAGAAACGACGAAAUUAAAAAGAAGCGCGUGGUUCAUCUUUUCUCUGAAAGCUUUCUCCAACAAUGCCAUCUCGUCUGAUGCUCAACUCUAUUGAUAUAAUAGUAUAAAGUUCCCCCGCCCGUUUACACAACUUUUUACCCAUUCCGUUUCUAUUAAAUACCUUAUCACUUCAUCUUUUGCAAUGAAUAUUAUAACCAAA